AUGAGCUCUAGAAAGAACAUCCAAAAGGUUGGCACAGAUAUCACCAAUAUUCCAAUCUCCAAGCUUCCAAAGCAAAUGAAUAGAGUUGGAUUUGUCGUCAUAAAUUGCUAUACUGGCACAAGAUAUUCAUUAGGAGAUGGACCAAUGAAUGAUGGUUAUAACAUGUCCAAAUGUCUCAAGAGAUACGGCUAUCAAGUCUAUUAUAUUCUUGAUUCUAAGAAGAAACCAUUCUUGGAAAAAUUAAAUUAUUUCCUUGAUAAUGUCAGAGGAGAAUUGGCUGUUUACUAUGUCGGACAUGGAACAAGUGUUGUUGAUACAGAUGGCGAUGAAGAUGAUGGAUAUGAUGAAGCCAUGUUCUUCACUGAUGGAACUGUCAUUGAUGAUGUUUUGGUCGAUUGUCUGAUCGAGCAUAAGAAUAAGGAAAGCAAAGUCAUCCUUAUUAGCGACUGCUGCCACAGUGGAAGCAUUUGGGAUAUCCAAGGAGGAAAUGUCAAUGGCAGAAGUCUUCCAAAUGGAAUCAUCAGUGUUUCUGCAUCUAAUGACAAGCAGACUGCUAAACAGACUAUUGCUGAGAGGCAAGAGCAAGGAAUGUUCACAUAUAACUUGAUGAAAACAUUGAAGACCCAGCCAAAUUUGACAGCAAUAGAGUGCAAGAAGAAUCUAUCAAAUAUCUUAAGGAGAUAUGCUCAAACAGUAACAAUUGCUACCACUUCAGCAGAACUUCUUACAGUACCAUUGUUUAACCUAUGUUAA